AGAGAUCGCAGCGCGGCGGCGCAUGCGCAGUGAGGAGACGGAGAUCUCUCGCGAGGAAGGACGCCAUUAUCGCAGCCGCCCGACAAACACCACGAGAAUUCGGCACCGCACACGGAUUGCAUGUCUCGUCAAACUGCUUGUCUGGGGGCCUGCAGUGGUGUUUGACUGGACUUUGCAGCCUGGUUCUGAAUGAUGUCAGAACAGGAUUUGGCAGAUGUUGUUCAGAUUGCUGUUGAAGACUUGACUCCAGACAACCCAGUUGUGUUGGCGAAUCAUGAAGUGACAGACGAUGAUGUAGAGCCUACCCUGAAACGUCCGCGCAUAGAAAUUAACUGCCAGGAUCCCUCUAUUAAGUCAUUCCUGUGUUCCAUUAAUCAGACAAUAUGCUUGCGACUGGAUAGCAUUGAGGCAAAGUUGCUGGCUCUAGAAGCUACCUGUAAAUCACUGGAAGAGAAGUUGGAUCUUGUCAUGAACAAACAGCACAGCCCCAUCCAGGUCCCCAUGGUGGCAGGUUCUCCUCUUGGCGCUACGCAGACCUGUAAUAAAGUACGAUGUGUUGUUCCCCAGACCACAGUAAUACUGAACAACGACCGGCAGAAUUCAAUUGUAGCCAAGAUGGUUGGGCAGGAAGAACCACUGAGCAGAGCAGCGGAUUCUCUGGAAAAUAUCCUUAGCAAUGCCGUUCCUGGACGUAGGCAGAACACCAUAGUGGUGAAGGUUCCAGGGCACGACGACAGUCACAACGAAGAUGGAGAGAGUGGCUCUGAGGCCAGUGACUCGGUUUCCAACAGUGGACAAUUAGGAAGCCAAAGUAUUGGGAACAACGUCACCCUUAUUACACUGAACUCUGAAGAGGAUUACCCCAACGGGACGUGGCUUGGAGAUGAAAAUAACCCUGAGAUGCGGGUCCGUUGCCCCAUCACCCCUGCUGACAUGCUGCACAUCAGCACCAACUGCCGCACGGCCGAGAAGAUGGCAUUGACAUUGCUCGAUUAUCUCUUCCAUCGGGAAAUUCAGGCCAUCUCCAACCUUUCAGGCCAGGGGAAGCAUGGCAAGAAGCAGCUCGAUCCUCUCAUGAUAUAUGGAAUCCGCUGUCAUCUCUUCUAUAAGUUUGGGAUCUCAGAAUCUGACUGGUAUCGAAUCAAGCAGAGCAUAGACUCCAAGUGCCGAACAGCCUGGAGGCGGAAGCAGCGGGGACAGAGUCUUGCUGUGAAAAGCUUCUCAAGGAGAACGCCUUCAUCAUCGUCUUACAGUGGUUCAGAGGGUCCUCAGAGCUCAGUGUCAGCCUCAAAUGAGAUCCAGCAGAACCAACCACAGGCACUACACUACGCACUGGCCAAUGCCCAGCAGGUUCAGAUCCACCAAAUAGGAGAAGAUGGACAAGUCCAAGUAGGCCAUCUCCACAUAGCCCAGGUUCCUCAAGGCGAGCAAGUCCAAAUCACACAGGACAGCGAGGGAAACCUGCAGAUACAUCAAGUGCACGUUGGGCAGGAUGGGCAGGUGUUGCAGGGUGCUCAGCUGAUAGCUGUUGCAUCUGCCGAGCCUGCAUCAGGAGGAGUUGAUGGAUCCCCACUGCAAGGCAGCGAUAUCCAAGUCCAGUAUGUGCAGCUCACACCUGUGACAGACCACUCUGCAACCAGCCAAGGCACUGACACCCUCCAGUCAGCAAUCCAACCAGAAAUGCAGAUAGAACACGGAGCGAUCCAAAUCCAAUAAGGAAGCGGUGAAAAGCUGCGUGAGCUGAGAUGUCAGUGAGCCACGGUGGGAAAUGAAGCCCUGCAGUCGUCGUGUGCAGCCCCAGGAAGAUGGACUGCUAUGCUGACAGUCUCUCCUCUGCACAUAGCAGGUUUCUGACCACCCGUUUGUGCUCACCCAGAACAAACCAGAGCCAUUUACUGCAAUUGGAGCUGCAUUGCUGCGUCUGUUGAGAAUAUACCCCUCAGAAAAAGAAACAAACACGUGGCCUGCCCUUAGGUGUAUUUAAGGAGGAAAAAGUCAGUAUGGAAAGAAAUCCAAUUAAUCGAAACAGUGAGACUUAAAUUCAUCUUUCAUCCUGUCGUUUCUUCUGUGAAAUUACACCAUUUGAAUGUCUGCAAAAUGUCUUAGGAGGCGUAUUGCUGCUUUGCAAUACCUGCUUUACCACGUAUCCAAGAUCAAGAGCUCAAAUAUUUUUCACCGUUCAGACAGCUUUUUUAUUUGCAAUGGUGUUUAUAACAAAAAAUGGAAAAUAUUAAAAAAAAAUGAAAAGAAAAAUCCCAUAACUGCAAGUAUUAGCCUUUUGCUGGUGUUUUCUGUUCGGUGUAAUGAAAAACGUAUUUGCAGGAGACUAACAAUUUUGUUUGUACUGUUGCUUAACUACUUUUCUAGGGGAAAAUGCUUUUAAAUGCUGUAAUUAUGCAUUUCUAAUGAAAAAUAAAUGUGUAUUUAUGAAUAGCGCA